CCCCAUGUUUUACUCGCCCUCAUCGUUCUGCAGAGCUCUUCUAGGGUUCUGGGUUUUAUGGUUCGCGGCUCAGUCUCACCGUCCAUUCCCUUGUCAUUCCGUGCGUGUUACCGUGCGGCACCUGUUGCCUGUAUAUCGCCAUCGAAUUCUUGGAUCUGCUUGCCGAAUUUCGAAACCUGUGUGAGGCGAUCAGAUGCUAAUGAUCGAAUUUGAUGGAAUGUAGAAGUUAGACCUUGAGACGGAAGCAAGUUUUGUCUCGUUUUUUCCGGUUUUCGAGAUUGUUCGUCACUAUGUUGGCCAGAUUCUUGAGGAGGCCGUUAGUGGCUGGCGCUGCACAGGUACAGAGGACGAGGACUGGACUCGCGGAUUUCUUUGAGGCUGGGCGUGAUCCUAAUCAGGACGCCAAUAUCACUUACGGUCGUAGUUGGAAGGCAGAGGAACUAAGACAGAAGUCAUGGGAAGACCUGCAUCAACUAUGGUACGUUUGCUUGAAGGAGAAGAAUAUGUUGCUAUCACAGAAACAAAUGUUGCUGUCGCAAAACAUGCGGAUGCCAAACCCUGAGCGUUUUCCUAAGGUACGCAAGACAAUGUGUCGCAUCAAGCAGGUGUUGACUGAAAGGGCUUUGGCGGAGGAAGACCCAAGUAGGCGAAAAUCUUUAAGGAAGAUGAUCAACGACCUAUGAGGCAGAAACGAUCCCACUGUCAAAAGUUGCAGAUUGUACAAAUCGUUAGGUACACGGAGAGGUUACUUCAGGAAGUAUCCAGCUUUGUGCGCGAAGAGAUGCCCGUAUGUGGUGGAUAUAUUGUGAUUAAGAGAUUGGGUUACAUCCCAUUUCACCAGAAAUUGGCAGUUCCAAUCUUCAUAUCAUUAAAAAUACUUUCUGUGUUGGUGAAGUAUUCAUGGACUUCUCUGCAGAAACUUUGUCACACAGAGAAUCGUUACUAAUAAAGGGAUUGAUUUAAGUGA